GAUAAAAUGCCCACCGAAAAGAAUAUGGACAAGUUUAUUCUUUAUUUUACAGUAUAAAAGAAAGGACACCAGACAAUGGCUGGAGCACCAAAGAAAAAAGCGGAUCUUAAAGUGAUCAUCAUGGGGGACUAUAGUGUUGGGAAAACAUCUUUCAUUGGACGCUACAUUGAUGGAGAGUUUAAACAGCAUGAAGCUACAAUUGGAGCAGCUUUCUUCCUUAAACAGUGGGGACCAUACAAUAUAGCCAUCUGGGAUACAGCCGGAGACGAGCGAUACACUGGUCUCUCCACGUUCUACUGUAGGAAUGCAGGGGCUGCCAUCCUGGCUUUUGACAUGUCCAUUGUCAGCACAUUUGAAUCUCUCUGGGCCCGAUUCAUCCCUUUACUGGAUGCUGCCAAUGAAGACUGUAUUAAGGUUGUAGUUGGAAUGAAGCUGGAUGCGUUAGAGGAAGGUCAACGAGAAGUGACCGUACAGGAAGGAAAGAAAUUUGCCCGAGAAAUCAACGAAAAAAUUGAUCUCAGCAAACUGCCCAGUGACCCUUAUUUUGAAACAUCCAGUAAAACAGGACACAAUGUUUCGGAAGUUUUUGAGUACAUUUUUCAGUACUGUCUUCCCUUGUCCAAAGCACAGCUUCGUGAUGCACAGAAUUCAAGUACAGUGUCUUUAAGUGAUAGAAAGGGACCUUCUCAAAACAAGUGCUGCCACAGAUAGGGACAUUCUCAAAACAAGUGCUGCCAUCAAUGAGGAGAUUGUUGUACCUAGUGUACAGUAAAAUUCUUUAUAAAGUGAAUGGAAUACAGCUGCAAUCGUCAGUUACACCAAGACAAGAGGCAUCUCUCAGUUCCUGGGCAUCUUUCUAAAAGUCAUAAUUAUUGAACAUUUUGAACCAUGAUUUUCAUGUUUGUAUAACAAUGUAUUAUGUUUGCAGUUUAAAAUUUAACUGCUAUAUGACAUGAUUAAACCAAACUAGGCCAGAAUUAUCAUUUAUUUGUAGCAUUAUUUACAGUAUAGAUAUGUUCUCUAUUUAUUUCAUUCUAAAUGUAAAACCUUUAUUAUAUUUUUGUAUGUUAUAUAUCUGUAUUAGCAAAAGUAUUUGAUUUGGUUAUGUGCAUUUACAUGUACAAUGUCAUGUAUUUACUUCUGAAGUUUUGUACCUACAACCUUUAUUAAACCAUAAACCCAACUGUG